UGCUGCUAUGGAUGACCUUUACCUUGAUAACAUUGACGAAUUCGUCAGUGAUCAAAACAAAAUAGUUACAUAUAAAUGGCUCAGUCUUACCCUUGGAGUCCAUGUCAACACGGCUAAACAAAUGCUCUACCAUUACCUGGAACAGAAACGCAAGGAAACAUCCGGGACUCGUCUUCAUGCCACUUACCUGGUGUCUGGCAAGUUCGUGGAAAAUGGAACUAUGUGUCAUAAGGUGUCAGUAGUAAGAGAAGACAAACUUGAGGAUGUCAAGUCAAAAAUGGAUGUGACUAUAAGUGUACACGUGUACAGCAUACAGAAAGCAGAGCUGAAGGACAGCGGCCCACUCUACAGUACAGAUUAUGAUGCCGUAAAGGAAAACCUAAAAAACUGUAACAAGUACACUGCGAUUCGCUGUGCCUCAGCUGUUCCGAGGUCUUCAUCAGAAAUGCAUAGAGCUCAGGAGAUGGCACAGGUGACAGUGGCUGAAAACGCAGCCAGCAAACCUGAACUGACGAACCACGUCACGUCAAACCCAACUGCCAAACAGCCCAAAGGUAUUAUGGGAAUGUUUGCGAACAAAAGCACCAGCAAGAGCCAAGAGUCCAGCAAGGAAGUGAAAACCGAGCAAAAAGACGACGCGUUUGCAGUCAACACAUCAAAAUCCAAGCCAUCUGCCAUGGGUAAAGCUAUGAGUAACUUUUUUGGAAAAACGUCUGGAAAGAAAGUCACCAGUGACCAGCCAGAUAAGCCCGUUAAAGAGGAGGGGGGCGGAGCCGAGGGCAUGAGCCCCUCUCAGUGCUCUACCAAAUCUGAGCCGGACACAAAGGACGAGCCACCGAAGGAAUCACCAAAGGCAGUGACCAAGGAGGUGAAGGAUGUUAAGAAUAGUAAGACAAAGCGGCUAGAACAGUCUGAUAGCGAGGAUGAAAGGAUGGAGAGUCAAAAGAAAAAAAGACGGAGAAUAAAGAAGCCCCACCCGGACAGCAGUGAUGAAGAAUGUGAAGUCGUACCAGAGUCUCCACCUGUACCCGAAGUAAACACCCCGAGUCCUGACCGACCAAUGAAAACAGAGUCUGUGUCACACCUAGAGGAGUCCUCUGAAUGCAGGAAGAGGAAGAGGAGGAGGGUGUUGAAAUCUCACACGUUCCUUGAUGAUGAAGGGUGCAUUGUGACUGAGAAACGUUAUGAGAGCGAAUCCUAUUCAGAGAGUGAAGAUGACUCAAAAGCCAGCAGUCAAAGAGUCAAAGAUACGACUGCACUCCAACCAACACGCAGGAAGAGGGAGGAAGAGAAAAAACCAACAGAGAAAAAUCAGAAGAAAGCACCCGCAUCUACUGACAAGACCACAAAACAAGCAUCCAUUAAGGGAUUUUUUCUGAAGAAAUGA